ACCCCGGCGCGGUGGUGGAGGCGCAGACGUCGGUUCCCUACGCCAUCGUGGGCGGCAUCCUGGCGCUGCUGGUGUUUCUGAUCAUCUGUGUGCUGGUGGGCAUGGUCUGGUGCUCCGUCCGGCAGAAGGGCUCCUAUCUGACCCACGAGGCCAGCGGCCUGGACGAGCAGGGAGAGGCCAGAGAAGCCUUCCUCAACGGCAGCGACGGCCACAAGCGGAAAGAAGAAUUCUUCAUCUGACCCCACCCCCACCGCCAGCUGCGGAGCCAGCAGAGACCCCGACCAGAGUCCCGACGCCGGCCUCCCCGCUCACACCUCGGGCCCUGGGCGUGGCCGGGGGACGGGUGCCUGGGCCUCUCCGAGGCCGGAGGCCGGGGGUCCCCAGGACACAGGGGCUGCAAGUCCCAACUCGACCGAGUCCAAGGACGGGUACUAGGGAUUUGGGUUGGGGGAAGGCCAGAACCCUAGGCUACAGAACCAGGCCCCGUGGGGAGGGGUCAGAUUCUGGGAAGGGUGGGUGGGCGGGGAAGGGAAACACAGAUUUCUUUGGGGUCUCGGACCCCGUGCCAGCCAUUGUAAGAGUUCCACAGAGCUCUGGGCACCUCUUUGCAAAGCCAUGUUUGCACGGUGGGGGGAGGGGCGGGGAGGGCGUGGAAUGGGAAUUCUGUGUCUUUGUGCGAACACUCUGAAGGGGCAGUGAGGGAGACACCCCAACCCUUAUCCAGUGCCCCUCCCCCGGGUUCCUGGGCGGCUCCCCUUCCCUCCAUCUUCCCGUCUCUCCUCCAGGCCCCGGGGAGGGGGAAAGGAUUUUGGAGGGAACUGUGGUCUCUAUGGUUUUAUAUAUAAUAUAUUAAAAAAUCAAAAAUCUGUAUGAAAAAUCAGAUUGCACCCCUCUCCCCCAGUCCUGGCUUUUGCCCCUUUUUCUUGUUUAAAAAAAAAAUGAAAAA